AUGGGGCGAACUCAUAGAAAAAAGCUAGAAGCACGCGAGGCUCGGCUCACAGCCUUACCAACAUCCGAGCGUCUACUAAAAAGCGCGUUGAUUAAGAAGAAAGAAAGUCGUGUUCUGAGUGCUACUGAGAAACACGCUUUGAAAAUGUCCUCUAAGCAGGGGGAUAUUUUGCGUCUGUGGGAAAAGCUCCGUACACUAGAGGACGACGCUAAAACCAGCACGGAGGCACCUUCGGGCGGGACAAAGGAUAGGAAAACCGCUUAUGAGCACAAGUACCCAAUUGUAGAAAAGCUUCUUCACCUCACGGAGCGGGAUUUUGCUAGCGGAAUGAGAACACCGAAUAUAAGUCGUGUGGUGCAAUCUAUGAUCAAGUAUGGAUCAACUGAGCAGGUGGGAAAGAUUGCCAAAUGGGUUUCGAAGGAUCUUGCUGCCUACAGCACAGACUCAUAUGCCCACUUUGUCGUUAAUGCGCUGAUUCGACACGCUUCACAUGAUAUUUUUGAUCUUCUAUUGACGCGAUUCAUCCCGAUCGUUCCGCAGCUAAUAUCGAACAAGUUUGGUAUAAAUGUUCUUCAUUUUGUUUACAGCAGCCAUUGGUGUAAAUCAGACGAUCGUGAUCUUAUUCUUCUCGCCGUAUUUCGCGACAACACGGCGGUGAUGAGGCAAUGGAAUGGCUACCCGGUGCUCGAGGACAUCAUCCGGAGGAACCCACACCUCCAAAAGCGACUUUUAACUCGACUCUUUGAUCUUGGAGACAAGCUGGUGUCGCACAAGGGGGCGGUGGGUUAUCCCUUUGUGCAGCGACUCAUUCACGCAUUCAUGUGCUACGGUACGCGUGACGAGGUGAGCGAACUUUGUGCUACUCUCAGACCUCACCUUGCGACCGUGGCUCUCACGCGCGAAGGGGCACCACUGGCUUCGUUGGCUUUUGGAUUGACGGAUCCACCUAAAAGGAAGGAAAUUUUGCGCAGUUUCGCUGAUAACCUGAGUGAGUUGUCUACUGGCAAGUAUAGCGCCCCAGUUAUUGCGCGCCUAUUCGAUUUAUUGUACGAUGCACAGCUUCUACACAAAUACAUCUUGAAGGAGUUGAGGCAGAAUAUUCGUAUGCUUAUUGACAGCCCUUACGGAUACCUUAUCAUUAUUCACCUUCUCACACCGCAUCAAGACCGAAAGGAUAGACUUCUGCUUCCGAACUGGUCUCAACACAACUUGUUUUCUAUUGAAAACACGGAGUGGAACCACCACACAUGGCUUACCUCUAAUUACACGGAGGAGGUCAUUGAGUUCUGUAGCAAACCUGCAAUGAAUUCGCACCUUUUAUCCCUUCCUGCUAUAGUAGAGUCUUUUUUGAUGGUUCUAGCAGAGGAAGAUUUAGCCGCCCCAAAGCUUAACCGUCUCCACACUGGAAUCAUCGCACGUGAGCUGCUUACAGUGAUUGAGCACGAACCUCUCUACAAAUCAUCUCUACACUUGAGUAAGGAGCAAUUAGCACUAUUGAAUAAAGUCAUCCCUGCGAGUGGAAAGCGUCAUUCUCGCGAGGAUCACGAGCAGGACCCUCAGGGAGAACCAUCGGUUCGACCUUCACUGAAGAGACCGCAUGCGGAAGAUUUACGUAACACAUCCGUAGUAGUUGAGGAAAAAGCUUCAAGACAGAAGCGUGUGCGAAAAAAGAUGCAAAAGAAGGCACAUGAAAAUCUAUUAACAACAAAGAAAACAAAGGUUAAGAGCUAG